CGGCUGGCAAUUUCGCAAUCUGCGAGGUACGAGUCGCGUCCGCUUGGAGCGCUGCCCUGUGCGCACGCGCUUUAUCUGUCCGGAACGGUAGUGAUUACUGAUCCCGUUCUCACUUCUUGACAAAAUCUCUCUGCUAACGUGCUGCUGUGGGACGAAGCGCGGGAUGCACGACACGGGCCAGAGUGAGGGCCACCUCAAUGGUGUGCUGCACAGCGAGAGGGUGGCCAUCCUGGAUGCAGGGGCUCAGUAUGGAAAGGUCAUCGACCGGCGCAUCCGCGAGCUCUGCGUCGAGUCCGUCAUGCUGCCCCUGUCGACCAGCGCUAAGACACUAGUCAGCCAGGGAUACAGUAGGGCCAUCGUCAUCUCUGGAGGGCCUGGCUCCGUGUAUGCACCCGACGCUCCCAAGUACGACCCCGAGAUCUUCCAGUGCGGCCUUCCGGUUCUGGGCAUCUGCUAUGGAAUGCAGAUGAUCAACCGAGAGUUUGGUGGAACUGUGACCCAAAAGGACUCCCGGGAGGAUGGUCAGUUCAAGAUUUCGGUGGACCAGAAGUGCCCACUGUUCAAAGGUAUGGACAAGGAGGAGGAGGCACUGCUGACCCACGGCGAUAGUGUUGACAAGCCUGCCGAAAACUUCAAGGUCAUUGCUCAGUCGGGAACAACAGUCGCAGCAAUUGCCAAUGAGAAGAUGAAGCUGUACGGUGUUCAGUUCCACCCCGAAGUCGAUCUGACACCCAAGGGCAAGGCCAUGUUCUCCAACUUCCUCUAUGACAUCGCUGGCCUCUCGGGCAACUUCACCCUGCAGAGCAGAGAGCUCGAAUGCAUCGAGUACAUUCGACGAACUGUGGGACAGAGCAAAGUCUUGAUGUUGGUGAGCGGCGGCGUGGACUCUACAGUGUGUGCCGCCCUCCUGCACAAGUCGCUUCGGGAGGACCAGGUGAUAGCGCUUCACAUCGACAAUGGCUUCAUGCGUAAGGACGAGAGUGUACAGGUGGAGCAGUCGCUGAGGCAACUGGGCCUUCGCCUGAGAGUGGUGGACGCGUCGCACCAGUUCUACAACGGCACCACAACGGUGCCAAUCGACCCCAAGGACCCCCAGCGAAAGCGCACCACCAAGAUGCUUUGCCAGACGGCACAUCCCGAGGAGAAGCGCAAGAUCAUUGGGGACACCUUCAUGCGGGUGGCCAACGAAGUGAUUGGCGAGCUUCAGCUGAACCCGGAGGAAGUUUUCCUGGGCCAAGGAACGCUGAGGCCCGACCUCAUUGAGAGUGCCUCGCACCUGGCCAGUGGCCAGGCUGAUGCCAUCAAGACGCACCACAACGACACCGAUUUGGUGCGGCAACUGCGGGCACGUGGUCGUGUUGUGGAGCCUCUCAAGGACUUUCACAAAGACGAAGUCCGAGCUCUCGGCAGGGACCUGGGUCUGCCCAGUGAGCUUGUCCAGAGGCAUCCCUUCCCUGGUCCCGGCCUUGCCGUCAGGGUGUUAUGUGGCGAAGAACCCUACAUGGAGAAGGACUUCUCCGAAACUAGUGUCUUGGUCAAGAUCAUCAUCGACUACUCAAAUUCCCUAAAAAAGAAGCACUCCCUUAUCAACAGAGUUCAGAAUGGUGCAAGCGAAGAAGAGUGCGAGUUUCUCAGUCGCGUCUCGACGCAGUACAAGCUCGUGUCUACCCUGCUGCCCAUAAAGAGUGUUGGUGUACAGGGUGACCGGCGAACGUACAGCUAUGUGGUGGGCCUCUCGUCAGCCGAGGAGCCCAGCGACUGGGAGGACAUGAUGCGCCUCGCUAAGCUCAUCCCCAAGAUAUGUCACAACAUCAACAGGGUGGUGUACAUCUUUGGUGGGCCCGUGGCAUUUCCGGUGCAAGACGUGACACCGACGUUCUUGACGCCUCUGGUGCUGAGCACGCUACGGCAGUGCGACUUUGUGGCGCAGCGGGCGCUGCGAGCGUCUGGCUACCAGCCGGCGCUGUCGCAGAUGCCGGUGAUUUUGUUGCCCCUCCACCUCGACCGGGAUGUCGUGAGUCGGCAGCCGUCGUGCCAGCACUCGAUCGUCAUCAGGACGUUCAUCACUCAGGACUUCAUGACUGGCAUCCCCGCCACACCCAACAAGCACCUGCCCCUGGACGUCAUCAAGAAGAUGGUGGGCGAAAUCCAGGCUGUCCCCGGCAUCUCCCGCGUCAUGUACGACCUCACGCCUAAGCCUCCAGGAACGACAGAGUGGGAGUAGACACACAAUGUGCGCUUGUGAUGGCAUUGGCUCCACUGUGCUCUGCCCUGGCAGCUCAGGGCCCACCUGUCUCGACUGUUCUGUUUGUUUUAACUUUUUUUGCUGUGGCAUUUUUCAUGCUCUCGGAGCAGCGUCUGUGAGAGACUGAGUUGGUUGCGUUUUAGACUUUUUGAAUUGGACCCCUGUUGUUCCAUUUGUUAAUCUGCUUCUCAUUGUUUUAGUCCUUGAGGCACUUUUUUUCUAAGAGUAUUUUGUUUUGUAGCCAAGAUGAAAUGUUGAACAGUACUCCAGUGAGUAAAACUGACAUUGUUUCCAAAUGUCCCAUUAGCAGCUAUAGUUCUGUUCCUUGCUAAUUUUCGUAUGAGGUCUACUCUUUCCUUCUAUUUUCGAAGAUUAAGAAACACGAGUACACUGUAAUACUAGUGGCUGCUAUUGUUUCAUCUAGUUCACAAAAGCUUGUAAUGUCUGUAGCAUUAACAUUUGUCCUGAUUGCGCUGCCCGGACGUUUUGUUUCACGUGAGCCAGUUACUGUACUGUAAAGUUUCCAUGGCUUCAUCGUGGGUAGACUUGAAUGUCGCACGUACUAGCUUUUUUCUUCUGCAUUACUUUACAAUCGUAUUAAUGCCAGGCAGAAAUGGCCUCUGGUUUUGAAUGGCUGUAACCCGUUUUUUUUUGCUGGAAACGUAAUAUAUAACUUUUCGUUUGUUCUGAAAAGUAAAUAGCUGCCCGUCAGAGCGCACUGGGGCCACGAGAAGGCCGUCGGAAGCAGUCUAUUGCAGUACAAAAAGUGCAAGGAACUGAUGUGUCUCAGCUGCUGACAAACCUUUGCUAAUAAGUGGCACGUGCAGAGAGAUUUUGUUAAGCGAGUGGCGCCCAAGAAAUGAAUGAGGUGAGCAGUGUCUCUGUAGAAUGUUGCUAGGCGAAAGUGAUUAAAGAAUAUGAAAUUGCA